AAAAAGCUCUCAUCUUUGCUUCGUUCUUGAGCUUCUCUCAACUUCUCCUUCCAGCUGAGACCACUUUAAGCGCAGAUUACCAACAGCAUUGCACAAUGGGAAAUGCCCUGAGGCUUCUUUACGGUCAUUGCUGCAAGCCCACCACCACAGACUCCGAUUCACUCGGUCCUCACGGCGUUACUGCCGCCACUGUCGGCGUUUCGGCUCUUGCCCACGAUAUCUUAAACUUCGCGAACACCGCCCAGGUCCCAGAAGGACUGAAUCAGCAUGUGGCUUCAUCCAAGAAAGCUCAAGCAAACUGGUAUAGAAAACUAGUGGAGAGCUGGAGGGAGGCGAGACCAGCGCCGAGAACAGCUGAAGAAGCAGCUAGGCUUGUUAUUAAAACCCUCAGGAAUCACCAAAAGGCUGAUGUUGAGGGAUUAUUGGCUUUCUAUGGUCUCCCACUUCCCCAUGCUCUGGUAAAACUUUCGGCUGAGGUCCCGAAUUCAUUGCCUCAAGGAGUUCAGUAUGAAUUCCAGACAUUGCCGGUUGAUGCAAAAGCCGUUGCAGAUGGCGAUACAGUGACAGUCUAUGUGAGUACAGCAGAUCCUAGGGAGUCAUCUUGUGUUCCGACUGAGGUACAAGUGGCAACCAUCCAAAGAGAAAAGGCACGCGAGAAGAGGAAUUAUGCCAAGGCAGAUGAACUACACAAAAAGAUGAAUGACGCUGGAUACCGGGUACUACAGUUUCAAAAUGAGGACGUCCUUGCGCGAAAGUAUAGGAUUCGACUGAGGGGUAUAGAUGCACCAGAGAGUAAGAUGCCUUACGGAAAAGAAGCCAGAGAUGAGCUUGUUAAGCUUCUUCAGGGCAAGUGUUUGAGGGUCCUUGUCUAUGGGACAGAUCGUUAUGGCCGUUAUGUAUGUGACAUAUACAGCAAUGGCAUAUUUGCACAGGAAGUAAUGCUGAAGAAGGGGUGUGCAUGGCAUUACACAGCCUAUGAUCAACGCCCUGAACUCGCAAAAUGGGAAAGAGAAGCUCAAAUGAAGCGAGUUGGAUUAUGGGCUUCAUCAAACCCGGAGAAGCCAUGGGAAUGGAGAAAAGAUAGACGUUAGGCAGAUGAUCAAUUAUUGACAAUGUAACUUAUCCAGACUAUGUCUGAAGUUAUCGAUGGAAAGUCUGUUUAGGGUGAGGAAGUAUAUUUCAUUAUUUUGUACCAUAUGCAAUUGUUGUAAGAGUAAUAUCCAUUUGCGAUUCUCCAAAAGGUGUACAAUGUAACAGACAAUGAAUUGUAUCUAGAGUGAAUUGUAUUUAUAUAUCAUUCCCGCUUGUCUGA